AUGUCCUUGAAGAAUCGUGUACAUCUGAAACGACGAAAAUUGCAACAAAAACUUUGGCUAAAACAAGAGCAUGAGCUGUGCCGUUUGCAAUUUGCAGAGAAGCACGUUUAUACGAAUAAGAAAUGGCGAACAGUCGUAUUUACCGAUGAAAAGAAGUUCAAUUUAAAGAAACCUGAUGGCUUCCACUACUCUUAUCGUGAUUUACGAAAGGAUAUAUUGAAACGAUUGACGAACAAAUUAACACGUGAGCGACAUGAAUUGCCGAAAGUAAGUUUACAACGUGAUAAUGCGAAAGCAGUAAAACAAUACCUCGCACAUCAAGGAAUUCAUUCAGCCAAGUCUCCGGACUUGAAUGUUAUAGAAAAUUUUUGGGCGAGUUUGACGACGGAAUUUCAUGUACCAGAAUGGAAGAUAAUCCGCAAAUAUUAA